AUGCAAAUUUCGUUGAUUCUAUUUUUGAACAAAAAGAAAAUGAAAUAUUCACCGACAGAUUUAUUACCCGAUUUAGUUUCACAAUCAUUGACAUCUCAUUUGACUACAAGUGAUGUUAGUAGUAGUACCACCAGUAAUCGUUCAUCAUCAUAUUGUUUAUCUCCUGAUAACGGCAAUACAAUAGACGUAAUGCGUAAAAUGACAUAUUCGUCAUCUCCUUUACGAUACUAUCCAGAUUUAACCGUUGAAGGUGUUUACGAUGAAGCUGCUCUUAUUGGAAAGGAUUUUGAACGUAUUAUUGAACUCUAUGGCACGGAUACAAUUAAAGAUCUUGUACCAAAAGUAAUUCGAAUAUUAGAAUUGUUAGAAACACAAGCAGCUAAAAAUGAAAAAGAAACAGAUGAAUUAACAGAGUUAAAAAUGAGAAUUGAAAAAUUAGAAAUGGAAAAAAAUGAAACGAGAGGAUUGAGAGAAAAAUUCGAUAAAGAACUUGAACAAAUCGAAGAACAAUGGCGAAAAGAAGUGGAUGAUUUAAUGGCAUUAGUAUCAAAAUUGGAAGAUGAAAAUAAACGUUUGCGUGAUGAAAUUGACAAAGGUGGUUUUAAUAAAAGUACCGAAUUACCAAGUAUAACUCGUGAAGAAUUAGAAUGUAUUAAAAAUUUAACAGAAGAAAAUGUUAAAUUGAAACGUUUUAUAAAAACAAAAGAUAAAGAUCUUACUCAAAAAAUGUUGGAUAUGGAAGCGAUUCAAUCACAAUUGGAACGUGUGUGUAAAAUUAAUUUUACUUUAAGACAAAAGAAUACAUUUUCAACAAAUCAAACACAACGUUUAUUAAUAGAAAAAUCAGAUCUUGAAGUACAAUUAAAAGAUAAAGAAAAUUUUAUUAAUCAUAUGAAAGAGCGAGUAGUGAUUCAAGGAACUGACGAUUUAGCUAGUCCUGUAUCAUCUAUAGAUCCAUUACUUGAAUUAACUGAUACGAAUCGUCCACGUUUUACACUCCAAGAAUUACGUCAAGUAUUGUGGGAAAGAAAUGAUUUGAAAACAAAAUUAUUAGAAGUUGAAGAAGAACUACGAUUUUUUAGAGAUCAAGAAGAUGAACUCGAGGGAGCUGUACAAGGACCAAUCAAUAAAGAGCCUGAAGAAAAAUUACUUGGCUAUAAGCGUGAAGAAUCAAAAAUUCGUCAAUUUUUACGAACUAUGUUGCCAACGUUCAACCCGUCAUCAUCUUCACCACCAACUUCAAGUGUCACACCUCCAUUAUCCAAACCAAAAUCAACUGCACGUCGUUCAAGUCCCACUCUACUUCCUUCAUCUAUAAUGAAAAUGCCUUUGACAUCAUCAACUCAUUACAAUAAUUCGUCUUCCCCUUUAUCCCCAUUACCAAAAAAACUUACAUUAGAAGACAUUAUAAUAAAAAAAACAACGAAAUCAAAUCAUACGAAUAGUGAUACUCCAUUAUUAUCGCGUACAGUACCUUCAUCCUAA